UUCGUAUGUUCUUUGUUGGCGCCGCACUUCCUUGUCAAUUUGCAAUCCGUAUGCUAGCAUUUUUGAUUUUCGGAUGGUUUACCUGUCAGGUUAAUUCUGGAGUUAUCGGUUAUUUAUGUUUACUAUUUUUUGUAACAAACGUUGUUAGCGUCCAUGAAAAUGUUGAUCCCAGUUGUAACGAAAUUCGUUUCAAGCUCCUCUACCGUGGUUGCUCGUCCAUUCCGCUCGCCUCUUGCUCAGUGCCAGUGGAUGGCUGUUUCACGGACGCUUCACAGCGAUCGCCUGGUUAUGCUCAAUAAUAGCCUUCGGACCAGGAAACAUGCUGCAAGCAUCAUUCGUGCAGCGGGAUCUAUGAUAGCCGUGGGCUUAUUGUACCGUUGGUAUUCAUGGAAGAGUGCGUCAGCCCAGAGCCAUGCUGGUUCGAGGAAGAGUUUCACGGGAAGCCCCAUAUUGCGCCAGGUCUAUGCCGAGGAGGCCGUCCAGCCGAUGCCGCUGGUUCCACGCAGCCGCUCUCUCAACUUUGUUGCCGAUCUUGUGGAUACCAUUACGCCGGCCGUUGUUUCCGUUCUGGUGCAGUGCAGUCACCAUAUGCAUCCGGGAAUGCUUUACUUAAGCCAAGGAUCGGGAUUUGUGGUUCGCGAAAAUGGUCUGAUUUUGACGAAUGCGCACGUUGUGGCCAAUCAAGUGCGCGUGGAAGUAAAAUUCAGCGAUGGUCGACGACUGCCCGGCCGUGUUCUGUACGCGGACGGUGUAUCCGAUCUGGCGGCUAUCAAAGUGGAAGCAACAAACUUGCCGUGUCUGCGGCUGGGCUCCGUGACGAAACCGCGAGUUGGCGAAUGGGUUGUCGCCGUGGGCAGUCCGCACAGUCUGGCCAACACGGUGACCACGGGAGUGGUCAGUGCAUUCCGGGUCGGCGCUGAAUUAGGGAUGCAGGGACAGGUGGAGAAGAGCAUCAACUACAUUCAGACGGAUGCUGCCAUCACGGUCGGCAAUUCAGGAGGACCGCUUCUUAACCUGGAUGGGGACGUCAUCGGGAUCAACGCCAGGAAGGUCAAAAGUCUCGGAAUUGCCUUUGCUAUUCCUUCGGAUCAAGCCAAAAGUUUUUUGGACAAAAUUGAUUCAUUAGAACAGAGUAACCUACAGGCGAAGCUGCCCAGUCCAUCGGAUCCCGUUGGCCCCCAGAGCAAAGUGAUAGGGGUCACGUUGUUGACGAUGGAACCGACUUUGUCGCCGGAUGUGGUCAUGGCUAUGGUCCAGCGUUCUGGCGGCUCCCUAGAGGCCCCGAAUGGCGUUGUGAUUGUUUACCAGAUUAUGCCUGAAUCUCCGGCUGCAAAAGCUGGCUUGCGCCAGGGUGACCAGAUAAUAAGUGUCAACGGGAAGAGUGUUGGUUCUGCCAAAGAGGUCUUCGACAUGGUCGACCAGGAGGCUGUGCUGGUGAUAGAAAUCAACCGAAAUGGGCUCCGAACGUUAGCGCGUUUGGAACCGGAAUUAGUGCAGCUGGCUGCAGACACGAGUGCACCUCCGUUGAAGGAAAUUCCUGUGGAGAUUCAGUAAUUAUCCUUCCAUGGCCUUUGUGCUUACAGUUUGUUAGUUUCCUGCUAGUUUGUUUUUUUUUUAAUUGUUGGUCUCUGACUCUGUUUUUGCUUCCGCUAAAAAUGUAGGAGGGCAAUACUUAUCUGUAUAGACAAAAAGUUUUUUAAUAAAACUGACGAAAUG